UUUUUUUGCAUUUCACUCGUCUGGAAAACGUGGAUCUAUACAUUGUUGUAUUAUAUUAAAAGUAAAUUUUCAUAGUAAUUUAAAUGAUAAAAUGACCAUUCAGAAUUCAAUAUUUUUAUAUUCAUGAAUAGUGCAAUAGGAUGAACAUGGCCCAAUGGUUCAACAAUGGUUUCAGUUUAUGAACUGAAAAUAAGAAUUAAUUCGUUUAAAAUCUUUUUGUACCUGUGCAUGAAAAAAGAAAGAGAACGGGCGGCUGCCCUUGGUAAAUAUGGCGCUGUCUGGCUUCACAGACUGAACACGGUUGUGAAUGUGUUCUUAGUGUGGGAAUGAAGCCUCCGCGCCAGCAGUAUCUUUGACCUUUGAACUCCCGAGUGUGCCAGCCCUCCGCCAUAUUGACUGUUGUCUUGACUGGAGGAGAUAGAGAACAUUUUGAGGUCCGAGAAGAAACGAAAGUGUGCUCUCAAAAUUAUCGAAACUGGUGCAAACUUGGCUAAAGCAUACCGUAAACACCACCGUAAUGGCAAGGAAGAAAAGCAAGCAGCAAGGGGUCGCUCAGAAGGAGCUUGUGCCUGGACAGCAGAACGCACCGAAGAGCCCUGUCUCUCCCGGCGAUGCAGCUGGCGGUGGCGGCGGAGAUGCUGGGCUGGAUAGAUUGGUCAACACCAGGGCGAACCAGCCCAUGCACACCUGCUGCCUCCUGUGCCAUCGAGAAUUUAAGGACUGGGGAGCAGGCUCUGUGAACGGACUUCCCGGGGGCCAUGGGACAAAGCUGGCCGACGCCGUGCCUGCUCUCUCCCAGGCCUUAUUACGGGAGGCACCGGGGCGCAAGCUGGCCGAUGCCGUGCCCUCUCUGUCCCAGUCCCUGCUGGGAGAGGUGCCUCUAUGGAUCUGUCAGAGCUGCUGUAAAAGUGUGGAAGAGGAGGAGAGGCGGAGUACGCAGGAGCAGCCCACGCCGGUGAAUAUAGCAGGACUGAUCUGUGGAAACGGUUACCCCGAGCAAAGUACUGUGGACUGGGACCCCAGUUCCUUCCUGUCGGCCCACAAACUGUCAGGGCUCUGGAACUCUGCCCACGCCAACGGAGGGGAGCACUGCAACCACAACCCUUCAUCACACUCACAACAAGGUCUGUCAUCAGAGGGGGUAACAGUAGGAUCGUCAUGUCUCGAGAAAAGAGGACUUCAUGAAGCUCCCGGGAAAUUGGCUAAAGCGUCUUUGCCCAAAGUGUGUCCCUACAGUCACCCAUCAUCCCAGAAUUCCAGUGGCUCUUCUGCUGGGAACCCUCUGUCUACCUCAGCAGACCUUUGUAAGACCACACCCAAGCACUUCAAGACCAUGUGCCGCCGACCAACGCCACCAGGUGAAGCCUUCCAUCCCGGUGACCACCAUCAACACACAGACUUGUCGGUACCCCCCAACAGUCCCACUGGCCUUUCCUCCCAGCAUUCCUCUCUCCUUCCCCCAAAGCCAAACUCUGGGCAGCAUGGUCACGUAUCCUCUUCCUGCGGCCCCGGCGUGGCAGCUCACACUCCCUUCUCCCCGUUGGUACCAAAUCUCCAAAGCCCCUCAGCCAAACUCAGCUCCCCAAGUCCUGAUAGCCCAACAUCUGUCCACAAGCCCAGCCCGUGCAAAAACUCCCACAUUCCUGCUGUCAACACACAGCACAGCAAACUGGGCUCGUCUCUCAUGGGCUGUAACCACUCCUGUAAUGGUCACACCCCGGGAACAGUGGCCACCUCCAAUAUUGGCCAUCUUACAGCAGGAGCCUGCAGGGAUCAGGCAUGUAAAGGGCACAAGGUGACAAAUGGGACACUGUGCCAUCCUUCUUCAGAGCUGGAGGAGGGGGAAGAUGAAGACAGCAGCUCUGAGAGGAGCUCCUGCGCUUCCUCCUCCAACAACCAGAAGGAUGGAAAGUACUGCGACUGCUGCUAUUGCGAGUUCUUCGGACACAACGCGCCUCCAGCUGCACCAACAAGCCGAAACUAUGCUGAGAUCCGAGAGAAGCUUCGCUCGCGCCUAACCCGGCGUAAGGAGGAGCUGCCCCAGCGUCAGGACUCAGAACUGACAGCAGCCAGUGCCAUCGACAACAGGGACGUGGACGAGCUGCUGGACUUCAUAAACAGCUCGGAGCCCAAACCGGUCAACAGUGCCAAGGCAGCCAAAAGGGCUCGACACAAACAGAAGAAGAAGGAAAAAGCUCAGCAGGUCAACAUGGGUGCUGCAGGCAGUGACCCCCACUCCAGUCCGUCUGAGCCCGUUGAUGAGCCCAUCCUCGAUGGUCCAGAAGCCAGUCGGCUGCUCGACUGGCCUCAGCUUGAACUCGAGCGGGUCAACAGUUUUCUCACAAGUCGAUUGGAAGAGAUCAAGAACACCAUCAAAGACUCUAUCCGGGCCUCGUUUAGCAUGUACGAUCUCAAUCUGGAUGUCAAUGACUUCCCAAAGAAGGCAGCCACAUUGGAGGGAAACCAUUUACUGUCACAUCUCAAUGGCUCCUCUGACUUGCAGCAGAUAGACCUGGACCUCUCUCCUCUUUCACUUGGAACCUUUAAGAGCCACUUGGACCUGGUUAACGGAUGGGAGGACUCAAAUGUUGCCCCGUCCCUUAAUGCUACCACCACUUCAUCCGGGGUGGGGGCUGCUUUAAAGGACACCCAGCGGUUGAACACUACAUCCAGCCUCUCGAAGCUCAUAAGAGUUCGCUCCCCUGAAAGAUGCACUUCCACUGGAUCUGACGCUUUGCCACAGAUACCAGUCCAAGCUACGGUUAAAUCUAAGGAGGACACCCAUGAGGCGAAAAACACCACACUUGGGAAUAGCGGUGCAAAGUCAAAGAAGAACAAGAAACAGCAGCAGAGACAGGAGCAAUCGGUGCCAGAGCAAAGUUCCAAUAAACCAGCCAAAGCUGCCUCCGGGAAUGAAACGCCUAAAACCAACGAGUCUAAAGAAAUGACAUCUAAUGGCUCAAGGUCUGGGAGCAAACAGCCUCAGCACUCUGCAGACAGCCACAGAAAUGGGCCGAAGAAAGCUGAAGAGGGCAAACCAUCCAAACCAAAUGCGGCAAACGGCGGGCCCUUCGCCACGCAAAGGGGGAAAUGUGAGACAGAUACACGAGGGGGGCGGUCAGAGCACGAAUUGGAGAAGAAUCCUCCCACCAUUCAAACAAAUGGGUCUCAACAGCAACAAACCAAGGGGAAAAAUAAGAAGAGCAAGAACAAGGGUGAAAAGUCAAGCAGCGUCAUUGACGAUGUCUUUCUACCUAAAGAUGUGGAUCCAACAGAGAUGGAUGAGAUUGAUCGGGAAAGAGCCUAUGAUGAGGAGGAAAAGUCUGGCUCAGAAGGAUCAGAAGAUGAUGAUUAUGUUCCCUACGUCCCGGUCAAAAUCAGAAAGCAGCAAAUGCUACAGAAAAUGCUGCGUGUGCGAGGGAAGGCAGUGGAUGAGGAGAUGAAGGACAGUGGAGAGGAGCAGAGGGAUGAAGACGAGGGUCUUGGUCCUCGCUCCAAUGUUAGUCUCCUCGAUCAGCAUCAACACCUAAAAGAAAAAGCAGAAGCCCGUAAGGAAUCUGCCAAAGAGAAGCAGCUGAAGGAGGAGGAGAAAAUUCUUGAGAGUGUUGCUGAGGGCAGAGCUCUGAUGUCUGUGAAGGAAAUGGCUAAAGGUAUCAUAUACGAUGACCCCAUAAAAACAAGCUGGAAGGCACCGCGCUACAUCCUGAACAUGCCGGGUACUAGACAUGAGCGUGUCAGGAAGAAAUUCCACAUCCUGGUUGAUGGAGAUGGCAUUCCCGCUCCCAUCAAAAGCUUCCGGGAGAUGAAACUCCCACCAGCAAUUCUCAAAGGCUUAAAAAAGAAGGGAAUUGUGCACCCGACACCAAUUCAAAUUCAAGGAAUCCCAACGGUUCUGUCUGGUCGGGACAUGAUUGGCAUCGCCUUUACCGGAUCAGGAAAGACUUUGGUCUUCACUCUACCGAUCAUCAUGUUCGCCCUGGAGCAGGAGAAAAGGCUGCCCUUCUUCAAGAGAGAGGGCCCGUAUGGACUCAUCAUCUGUCCCUCAAGAGAGUUGGCGAGGCAGACUCACGGCAUCAUAGAAUAUUACUCCAAACUGCUAGAGGAGGAGGGAGCUCCCCAGCUGCGCACUGCUCUCUGCAUCGGAGGAAUGUCUGUCAAGGAGCAGAUGGAGGUAGUGAAACAUGGCGUCCACAUGAUGGUGGCCACCCCUGGGAGGUUGAUGGACCUGCUGCAAAAGAAGAUGGUCAGCCUCGACAUCUGCCGUUACUUGGCUCUGGAUGAAGCAGACAGGAUGAUUGAUAUGGGAUUUGAAGAAGACAUCAGGACCAUCUUCUCCUAUUUUAAGGGACAAAGACAAACCCUGCUGUUCAGUGCCACUAUGCCCAAGAAGAUCCAGAACUUUGCCAAGAGUGCUCUGGUCAAACCAAUCACCAUCAACGUGGGCAGGGCCGGAGCUGCCAGCUUGGAUGUCAUCCAGGAAGUGGAAUACGUCAAAGAGGAGGCCAAGAUGGUGUACCUCCUGGAGUGUCUCCAGAAAACACCUCCUCCAGUGCUCAUAUUCGCUGAGAAGAAGGCCGAUGUCGAUGCCAUCCACGAGUAUCUGCUGCUAAAGGGAGUGGAGGCGGUGGCCAUACACGGAGGAAAAGAUCAGGAAGAAAGAACAAAAGCCAUUGAAGCAUUCAAAGAGGGAAAGAAGGAUGUCUUAGUUGCCACAGACGUGGCUUCAAAAGGUCUGGAUUUCCCAGCUAUUCAGCAUGUAGUGAACUAUGACAUGCCUGAGGAGAUAGAGAACUAUGUCCACAGAAUUGGAAGAACUGGACGAUCGGGAAAGACCGGCAUUGCCACAACGUUCAUCAAUAAAGGCUGUGAUGAGUCUGUGCUGAUGGAUCUUAAAGCCCUGCUAGUCGAAGCCAAGCAGAAGGUCCCUCCAGUCCUUCAGGUGCUCCAGACGGGAGACGAGACCAUGCUGGACAUCGGAGGAGAGAGGGGCUGUACAUUCUGCGGUGGUCUUGGUCAUCGUAUUACAGACUGUCCAAAGCUGGAGGCCAUGCAGACCAAGCAGGUCACCAACAUCGGACGGAAAGACUACCUGGCUCAUAGCUCAAUGGACUUCUAAAGGCUUUUUCAUCAGAACAAAGAUUGUCCAAUAUUCUCAGGAAGUGAGAAAGAUUUCUGAGGAAACCUUAGUUACAUGUCAUGUCACUGCAGUAAGGAAGUAUAUUUUAUCAUCACGACACAGUAUGCAGGUUUGUUAGAUGGAAGGAUUAGCGCUUUUUGUUUCCUCCCAACGUUUCUUACACUUUUUCGGAUCACGCCUCUUUGUGAAAGACAUUUUUCAACUCUUGUAAAUAAACCCCCUAUAUUUGUUAUUCUUCUCUUGUGUUGUUGUGUGCAAUGGGUGUGGCAUCACCGGCUCAGUGAGGAAGUUGCUAAAACCUGCAGAAUAGGGCAAAGGGAAGUUUGACUCAAGGAGACGGCAGCACAUAACCUGCGCGCCGCUGUUUUGCAACAGUUCAGAGGCAUGUUGAAUUUUAAUCAACCCAAAGGGGCCCUCGUACUGCUGGAAAUAUGAAAGCGGCAGAUGACGUCACGGAAACAAUAGUUGAGGUACAGGAUCUCUAAUUUUACUCCCUGGCUGCCGAAAUGCCACAACACACAGCUGCAGCCGCUGAGCUCCAGUGAGGGCUCCGCCGUCAAAGCUCCGAGGCAUGGAUGUCAUCUUCAAAGAGGGGCAGUUGUACUUCCAGGGAGUCAAGUUUGGAAAGAGAACAUGGCGGAAAGUGUGGAUGGUGCUUUACAAGCCCAGUUCUUCAGGUGUGGGCCGGCUGGAGUUCUUCUCUGCCUCUGACAGCAGCUCUAUCAGCGAGCAGCUGAAGGCCGGUCGCCAGAAAUCCCAAGAGAGAAAAGUGGUGCGUCUCAGUGACUGCCUCAGCGCCGUGCCGGCCGCCAAGGAGUCCUGCCCUCCCGGCUGCACGGCCUUCUACGUCAACACCACGCAGUGCACCUACACCUUCGCCUCCAUGAGCAGCCAGGAGUGGCUCAGCGCCCUCUGCCUCCUGGCCUUCCAGAAGGAUCCUGGAGAACCAGCCAAAGGGGAUUUUGAAGGAGGAAAUGGCUUGACCAUGGAAGAUAAUGACAUUUACUCAUCUUGGAAAAGAGAGCUGCCACCAAACCACUACCAAGUGAUUGUCCAUAGCACAGAGGCCUCCAGGAGGUGCAGGCUGGCUGGGGAGUAUCUGGUGUCCCCCAACAGUGAGGCUCUGGUUCUGCUGACCAUCGACACCGGUGAAGCCAUCUACAGCUGGCCGUACAGACUGUUACGCAAAUUUGGGCAAGUUGAGGGGGGCUUCAGCAUUGAAGCAGGCCGCCGCUGUGAGUCAGGAGAGGGACUGUUCACCUUUCUGACGCAGCACGGGCCUGAGAUCUUCCAGGCUAUUGGCAGGCAUUGCUCAGUGCAGAGGGAGCAGAAUGUCCAGCCCGUCAGCGCCCACAGAAGAUCAUGUGACUUUUCUUCCCUCGUUCAGCCAGUCACAAGCGACUGGCCUGCUGGUCCUCCUGUCAACCCUGCUGAUUUCCACGCUGAAACAGAGUCUGGGACCCUCUAUUCUACCAUUUCUAAGGUGCCCGCACAGACGAAGCAUCCGUGUCUCAUCAAACCUCUCUCUGGCAGCAAGGAGGCACUGGGAGAGGAGGCUGAGGACGAGGACGAACAGUGCCAUUCCUUGGAGGGUAUAAACCUGGAUAACCUCAUGGCGGAGAGCACUUACUGCAAUUUCAGGAGAGCCACACCUCCCCCGGUGAAAAGAACUGCGAAGAAAAGUUCAGACGACAUCUAUUCCCACGUGAAUGUACUCCCCUAUUCGUCAGAUCACCAGCCUCUUCCCUCCGUCCCAAACCAGGCUCCUCCCUUUGCCGUACCCAGAUCUGAUCAGGGUGCCUCAUCCCGGCGCCAAAGCCUACCCCCAGUGGACGGCUACAGCCAGACGGGGUUCAGCGCUCAGGCCGCGGCGGUAGAUGACAGGGAGACGGAGGAGGCCGUCAGCUCCAGCGGCCGUGUCACUCCCUCACAGGCCCCCGGCAGCUUCAAACAAAGGCUGGCAGAAAUCAUUUCUAAGGACCUGGCAAAGCUCCAGCCACCUCUUCCCUCCGGAGCGGGCAGCCCCACAUUCUCUCAGUAGGCUGUUGGUUAACAGACAAACAAGAAGGAGUCAUUCAAAAGAUUAUCAACUGUUGUGUGAGAUAAUUAGCUUCUUUUACUGCCAUCAGCUCCCUUCUGUUGGCUGAGCAAAGUUAGGCAUCUUGUACUUUCAGGUUUUGUUUUUUUUCUUGUGUGAAAAAAAAUAUUUGGAACUGGUUCUUUUCAUGGACCACAUGAGGAAAAGUAGAAUAUUGCUUUUGAUUGUUUUUUACUGCUGAGUCUGUUAAAUGGACUUUCAUCUCAUUAAAGGAGGGCUUUGAAAAUAUGUCCCCAUGACGCUUAAGCAGCUUUGUGGCAUCCAUGGAGUAUACUUUCUUGAAGAGAAGUAAGAUGGACUUUGUGACAUAACACAAAUAGACACACAUACCAGUUAUCAACAUUGUGCUUUGGUGUGAAUAGUGUAUUUUCAUGACAGAC